AAGGUGAAAUUUUCAGUGGCAAACUACUCUAAAAUCUAAAUUAAACGGUCGGACGGAAGGAAACUUCCGACGACUUCCCUUCGUGAUUCCCCCAAACCCAACCACGCCAGCUCCGACGGCGAUAUGCUCCUCGUCGACGGCGAACCCGUCUCCUCCCCCACGGCCACGGGGAGCAGCGGGAGGGAGCUCGUGGCGGCGCUCAUGGGGAACCCCGGGCUCUGCGCCGCGUCCGAACGGCUAAGGGCCGCGCCGGAGAGGCAGAUCUCGUCGGGGCCUGAGGGGCCCAGGCACGUCUACGUCUUCCAGCGGGAGUACGCCACGGUGGAUCCGGCGCGCGUCGAGUUAGUGGGCACAGAUGAGAUGACUACAUGUGUGGGUGUUGCAGUUCGCAACAACAAGACUGGAAUGACUUCUGUUAGCCAUAUGGACUUUCCAAAGAUUGUAGAAGGAGGGUUCAGACAGAUGCUAGAAUUACUUGGUGAUGACAAUGCACCAUUUGAUGUUCACCUGAUUGGUGGUUUCGAUGAUGCUUCUACAAAGGUUGUCCAUUCUUCUGGAGGGAAACACAACAAACAGGAAGGACACUCCCAUCCACUUUGUUGCAAGAUAGUUGAAGUGCUGCAUAAAUUCGAGCAACAAUUCCACCUUCGGUCUUUUUGUGUUCUUGGGAACAACACUAUGACUGAUUCUUAUGGCAAUGCACGACCAAUAGUUGGUGGAUUUGUGAUGGAAACAUCAUCUGGUGUUGUUUCUCCUGCAAGCUUUGACAUGACUUCAAGGUGUCCUGAUGAAAUAGUCAGAAGAAUUCGUGUGAGUGUUUGUUCAUAUGAUCCAAGUUGGAAAGGGAAGUUACUGGAGACCUACGACACACACGCUGAUAUUUUCCAAAUUGCCCCUGCCUGCUGGAUGCCAGACUGGGCAGAACUAGCAUCCUCUCUUAACGAGCUUUCAGACUCUGAAAUCCUGCUUCAGUGCUCCACCUCUCCAGCGGCAGAACCACCUCAUUUUGUUGAAACUGAGAGAAGGAUAUGGAAAUACAUGAUGGAGAAUCCAGACUGGGAAGACACAUUUCCAAAGUACAAGCCCCGGGUCUUCCGUUGGACCGAUGAUGGAAGGAUGCCAGACUGGGCAGAACUAGCAUCCUCUCUUAACGAGCUUUCAGACUCUGAAAUCCUGCUUCAGUGCUCCACCUCUCCAGCGGCAGAACCACCUCAUUUUGUGGAAACUGAGAGAAGAUCACCUUCAUGAAUGAAACAAGCCCCGGGUCUUCCGUUGGACUGAUGAUGGAAGGUGGUCAAGGCACUCUUAGCAUCAUCCUGAUCUUGUCAUCAGUUGGAGCUCUACAAGCGAAACAAGACUCUGCGAUCCCAGUCAAAUUCACCAUUUCCAUUGGCUUUUCAGCUUCAGUUAUCUCAUGUAUUUGCCAUAGGUGAUUCAUGUAUUAUUUGGACUCACCAUAAAUGUAUGGCGAGAAUCCGACUUGGAGUUGGUGUGUUACAUGCCCGGUUGGUACGCCACGUUGUCGAUUCAUGCAUAUUAAAUCCUUUGCAUCGACUACGUAUUGUGGUCAGAGGAGCGGCAGUUAGGUGUUGUCUAAGGUUGUGGCAAGUAAUUUUUUUCGUUGUGGUUUUCAAUGGUGUGUUUGAAAUUUACUCCCUCUCUUGUACGCGUGUCUCUGAGUUGAGUGAUCCAGUCUCUGAAUCUUUGGACA